AUGCACUGCUGCAAGGCCGCCCAGCGGGCCCUGAACGGGGCUCGGGCCGGCAAGCUGUAUGGCCGCUUCUCCGUGAGCGCCAGCAUGUCCACAAAGGCGCCUAUGAGCCGUGUCGAGCCUGACGAGUUCGUGAACGACCGUUACGACGCCAUCGAGAAGAGGCUUGGGAUCGUGCGCGGCCGCCUGAACCGGCCCCUGACCUUUGCCGAGAAAGUGGUCUACGGUCACCUUGACGAGCCCGAGAGCCAGGAGAUCGAGCGCGGCGUCAGCUACCUGCGCCUGCGCCCUGACCGCGUGGCGAUGCAGGACGCCACCGCCCAGAUGGCGGUGCUCCAGUUCAUCUCCUCGGGCCUGCCCAAGACGGCGGUGCCCUCCACCAUCCACUGCGACCACCUGAUCGAGGGGACCACCGCCCCCCAGAGCGAGCGCGAGAACAAGUACGGCGGCGUGGCGGACCUCAAGUACGCCAACGUCACCAACAAGGAGGUGUACGACUUCCUGGCGUCCGCCGGGUCCAAGUACGGCAUCGGCUUCUGGAAGCCCGGCUCCGGCAUCAUCCACCAGAUCGUUCUGGAGAACUACGCCUUCCCCGGCUGCCUCAUGAUCGGCACCGACUCCCACACGCCCAACGGCGGCGGCCUGGGCGCGGCGGCCAUCGGCGUGGGCGGCGCCGACGCGGUGGACGUCAUGGCGGGCCUGCCCUGGGAGCUGAAGGCGCCCAAGGUGAUCGGGGUGCGGCUGGUCGGCAAGCCCUCGGCCUGGACCAGCCCCAAGGACGUCAUCUGCAGGGUGGCGGGCAUCCUGUCCGUCAAGGGCGGGACGGGGGCCAUCGUGGAGUACUUUGGCCCCGGCGUGGAGGCGCUGUCCUGCACCGGGCAGGCCACCAUCUGCAACAUGGGCGCGGAGAUCGGGGCCACCACCUCCAUGUUCCCCUUCAACAGCCGCCAGUACGACUUCCUGGUGGCCACCAACCGGCGCGAGAUCGCCGACCUGGCCGACUCCUUCCGCGACAACCUGAAGGCCGACUCCGGGGCCGAGUAUGAUCAGGUGAUCGAGAUCGACCUGUCCACGCUGGAGCCACAGGUCAACGGGCCCUUCACCCCGGACCUGGCCCACGGCAUCAGCGAGCUGGGUGACGCCGCGCGCGCCGCGGGCUGGCCCACCGAGAUCAGCGCCGGGCUGAUCGGCUCCUGCACCAACUCCUCCUACGAGGACAUGCAGCGCGCCGCGUCCAUCGCGCGCCAGGCCAUCAAGGCGGGCCUGAAGGCCAAGGUGCCCUUCACCAUCACCCCGGGUUCCGAGCAGAUCCGGGCCACCAUCGAGCGCGACGGCCUGAUCGAGGUGUUCGAGAAGGUGGGUGGCACCGUUCUCGCCAACGCCUGCGGCCCCUGCAUUGGGCAGUGGAAGCGGACGGAGGUGGCCAAGGGCGUGGCCAACACCAUCGUCACCUCCUACAACCGCAACUUUGCGGCGCGGAACGACGGCAACCCCGCCACCCAUGCCUUUGUCAUGUCUCCCGAGAUCGUGACUGCCUUCACCAUCGCGGGCGACCUGACCUUCAACCCGGAGAAGGACACGUUGGUGGGCAAGAACGGGGAGGAGAUCCUGCUGGAGCCGCCCACGGGCGACGACCUGCCCCCCCGCGGCUACGACCCGGGGGAGGAGACGUACCAGGCCCCCGCCGGGUCCAACGUGGAGGUGGUGGUUGACCCGCAGUCCAGCCGCCUGCAGCUGCUGGAGCCCUUCAAGGCCUGGGACGGGGAGGACGUGGAGGGCGCGUUGGUGCUGAUCAAGGCGCGCGGCAAGUGCACCACCGACCACAUCUCCAUGGCGGGGCCCUGGCUCAAGUACCGCGGGCACCUGGACAACAUCAGCAACAACAUGCUGAUCGGCGCGGUGAACGCGGAGAACGGCGAGGUGAACAGCGUGAAGAACCAGCUGACGGGCGAGUACGGCGGCGUGCCGGACGUGGCCCGCGCCUACAAGGCCGCGGGCGUGCGCUGGGUUGUGGUGGGUGACGAGAACUACGGCGAGGGGUCGUCGCGCGAGCACGCCGCCCUGGAGCCGCGCCACCUGGGCGCGGCCGCGGUGCUGGUCAAGUCCUUUGCCCGAAUCCAUGAGACCAACCUGAAGAAGCAGGGCCUGCUGCCCCUCACCUUUGCCGACCCUGCCGACUACGACAAGGUGGGGCCCUUUGACAAGAUCUCCAUCCGCGGCCUGAAGACCUUUGCCCCGGGCAAGCAGCUGACCGUGGCCGGAACGCGCCCCGACGGCUCCACCUACGAGUUCCCCGUCAACCAGACCUUCAACGACAACCAGAUCACCUGGUUCAAGCACGGCUCCGCGCUCAACGCCAUGGCCGCAAACCUCAAGUCCCAGGCCGAGAAGUGA